AUUAUGGGGGGAGGAGGAAGGAAGCGCAUAAAAGCCUGACGCAGGCACACGGCCAGAAGUUAUUAUGCGCACGUUUCCUCUGGCACGGACGUUGGGACCUCUGGAUGGCCCAAGCCCUGGGGAAGCCAUGAGAAAGCCAGACAGGAGUCCCGGCCGGGUGAAGCCGUGGAGGAGGCUGAAGAACAUGGUCCAUUGGUCUCCCUGCGUCGUGUCCUUCCGGAAACGCUACCCCUGGGUGCAGCUUGCUGGCCAUGCAGGCAACUUCAAGGCCGGGGACUUUGGGCGCAUCCUGAAGAAGUUUUGUCCCAAUGAGCAGCAGUGUUUGGAGCACCUGGCCUCUGACGCCCUGCAGCCCUACGUGCCUGCCUAUUACGGCCUGGUGGAGCACAACGGGGAGACCUACAUCCAAAUGGAGGACCUCCUCUCUGGCUUUGACGCCCCGUCCAUCAUGGACUGCAAAAUGGGAGUCAGGACGUACCUAGAAGAGGAGCUGGAGAAAGCGCGGAAGCAGCCCUGUCCGCGCAGGGACAUGUAUGACAAGAUGGUGGCUGUGGACCCCGCUGCCCCCUCCCCGGAGGAGCAUGAACAGCGUGCCGUCCUGAAGCCCCGCUACAUGCAGUGGAGGGAGACCCUUAGCUCCACCACCACCCUCGGGUUCCGGAUCGAGGGCAUCAAGAAAGCCAACGGGGCCUGCAGCACCAGCUUCAAGAAGACCCGGCAGCCGGAGCAAGUGGUCCAGGCCAUCUGGGACUUUGUGGACCGUGACCGGCGCAUUCUGACCAGCUACAUGGGACGGCUGAAGGACGUGAGGCUGGCUCUGGAGCAGUCGGACUUCUUCAAGGCCCAUGAGGUGGUGGGCAGCUCCCUUCUCUUUGUCCACGACCACACGGGACUGGCUCGCGUCUGGAUGAUCGACUUCGGCAAGACGGUGCCUCUGCCUGCAAAACAGACACUGACCCACCGGCUGCCCUGGGUGGAAGGGAACCGCGAGGACGGCUACCUGUGGGGCUUGGACAAUCUCAUUGCUGUCCUGGAGAAGAUGCUGAGCGAGUGAACUCUGACGAGAGACCAGCCGUUCAGCCACUCUCUCCUCGGGCAGCUGGAAAGCAGGGUGGCACUGCUCCGCCCCCGUGGCCCCCUCCCUUAAUUUAUUCAGCCAGAUAUGCUAGCACUGCGCGGAGGCGGAACCAGGAAGAGCCCACUGGCAGGUGGGCGAAAACGUCUGAAAAGGGAGCUGGUCCGGCCCAGCCAGAGUUACUGUACCUCUUAAAGUUAUUUAUUGUAGGAGAAAGGGUAGUGUUGCCCCCCCACCCUUUGCUGUGGGUCUGUGUCUCCCCCCCAAGUUGCUAUGGUGUGGGGAGAAAGCACUUCCAACGACUUGGCUUGUGGGUGCCUGCCAGGAAUCAGGCGAUCGACCCCCUGGGCCUGGGAGCAGCCAGGACUGCGCUCCUCCCCCUGGUCAGGCUGCCUGUUUGAGCCCCCAGCCACAGGGAUGGGCCCUCUCUGGUCUGGAUUGCAGACCCCUCCCCCCGCCUUCCUCCCCUCCUCUAAUAAGGGGCUCCAAGAGCAGCUGGGGGUGUGAGGGACCACUGAGACCUCAACCCCUUGCCAAAGUGCUUGUCUGUGGGGCUGAACUGGCAAAGGAUUCCAUGAGGAGCAAUCUGUGGGACGGGGGGGUUGGAGGGCUUGCUUUAAAUGCUGGAGGGUGGGGGUGGGGGAGCUGUUCUGGCCCUCUAGUGAAGAGCUCAGGGUCCUCCUAAUUGCUUUGUAAGUGUUGAUACUUAAAACAUUGUUAAAGGGACAAGACUCAGG